AUGCCUCCCUUGGCCGAAACGGAUGCCAAUGUGGCCGCUAUUGACCGCAAAUACUGUGGUGGACCGUGCCGUUUUGUACUGCCCAUCUUUCUGAUGGAACAAGAAUCCAAGGCACAGAUGCAUUUUCGCCAGCUGGCUUUUAUGGCGGGCAUGGCCAACCGUACGAUUGUGUUGCCCAAUGUGGGACGAUCUCGAUUAGGAGCAUGCCUAGAGCAUGAUUUUUCCUUUUACUAUUCCGAGGAGUGGGCUCGGAAGAAUGGGGAGCAUUUCAAAUAUAUCACCAUGACCGAUUUCCGAGCGUGGCUCGCUGAACGACAAGAAGCAAAACCACGUUCCCAGCACAUGUAUAUCCAUUUGGAUCAAGGACGCGUGCAAAUGCCGGAAGUGGACAAUUGUUUCGCUUCCCAACUCGAUAUUGCCCCAGGUUCCGAGCAGCGAUUAUACCUUCAUGAGACUUCCAAUACCGCCAAACGUGCCCAGUUUGAGCGACAGGUUAAAGCCUUCUUGCUUGGGAAUCCCAAGCCGAGUCGAGAGACCGACGUGGAUCGCUAUCAACACAUUGAAGUACUGAGCGUGUUCUACGAUCGGAGGUUCCCAUUUGUGCAUCAUCCAGAUGCGGCGGUUCCCAUCGCCUACAGCACCCAACUCGUUGCCUUAGCUGAUGCUUUAUCGGCCAAACUCGCUCCUUACUGUGCCGUGCAUUGGCGGACAGAGCGCGUGGAUCCGCCUGAAAAUCUUGUGUUUUGCGCCGAAUCCUUGGUCUCGAUGGUAUCGGAUCGACUGGAAUCCGUGAAAGCCAUCGAUGGUGUCAAGCCCAACUUUUUCUUGCUCACCGAUUAUCCUCACAUAAUCCCCGAAAAACCCACGGAAGCCAACACCAGCUCGGACUUUAUGCCUGCUUCUUCCAGUUUCUCGCAAAACUCACUCACGCGAUAUCAUCAUGCGGCGAUACAUUAUCUUUACAAGCAUAUGCAAAUCCAGCUCACCCACCUUGAGCAACAAAAAGAGACGCCACCCGUGCACACGCCCGCCAACUGGACCAUGCUGCCCAUUCCCGCUUCCAUUGCUGCGGAAGAUACCGGGUUCCUUGGGAUUCUUGACAAGCUCCUCGCCAUCCGUGCGGAUGUAUUUUUGGCUGGAAAACCCGGUGUCUGUGGACGCAAGAGCAGCUUCACGAGCCUUAUUAUUCAUGAACGUUUGCGACGUCAGGCGGAAGAAUCCGGCGAAGCAGUAAAUGCAACAUGGAGCGACUACAGUAUCGACCGUCAAGGCCAAAUGAGAAACAUCAUUGACUAUUUUGACCUUCCACCAGACAUCAUAACUGCCGCAUAA